AUGGACGCACUACACCCUGAAGAAGCCAGAGUGAAGGAGGGAGAGUACCCUUCUAACGAGCAUCCCCUCGAGACUGCCUGGACUUUCUGGUUCGAUCGUAAGUCUGGCGACCGUCGUGAAUCGGACGCUUAUGUGGAGGGCCUCAAGCAGGCUGGAACCUUCAACACUGUGGAAGGCUUCUACAGACAUUACUCGCACUGCGUUCGCCCCAACGAGCUGCCUCCCAAUGUUAAUGUUCAUCUAUUUCGGAAGGGGUACAAACCUAUGUGGGAGGAGUUCCCUGAUGGUGGCUGCUGGAUCCUGAGGAUCAAGAAGAAGAGUGCUAGAAAUCACUUGGGCCAGCUUUGGGAGACUCUGGUCAUGGCUUGCAUCGGUGAGCUUUUCGAAGUGCCCGAUGUAGUAGGCUGUGUGCUUUCUACGCGCUAUAAGGAUGAUAUCAUCUCAAUCUGGAACUACAGCAACGCCACCAACCCCCAAGUUAGAUUCAGAAUCUGUGAGAAGUUCCGUGAGAUCCUCGGCCUCAACCUUUCAACUGUGGUGCAGUAUAAGGAGCAUAUGGGCUCGAUGCAGGAUGGAUCGACUUACCGUAACGCCCGCAGCUACACCUUCUCUGUGACCCCGACUACGGAGCCGGCUGAUGCAGCUGCGCUGGCUAGUGGCCUCUCGGAUCAGAUUUUGCCCCCUGCUGCUACUGGGGAGCAUGCCGCCGCGCCUGCUGAAGGAGAAUCGAAUAAGGACGAGCAGAAGUGA